AUGGCCUUGAAGAGCGAAUUUGAGGUGCGCCAUUUGCGCAAGGCAGCUGAGAAUGAGGUCGAAGAGAAACUUGGGCAGUCGGCUAUUCACGAAGCCAAGCAAGCUUCAGACGAUGAACAUGCGCAGACCCUUCGGCAGGCACUCAGAGAGAACCGCAAGGCAGUGUUCUGGUCUGUAAUGAUCUCCAUGUCUAUUGUGAUGGAAGGAUACGAUGUCAUCCUAAUCAACAACUUCUUUGCCUAUCCGGAGUUCCAAAAGAAGUAUGGCAGUUGGUAUGGCGGAGAAAUUGGCUAUCAGGUCUCUGGACCGUGGCAAACAGGUUUGACGAUGGCUUCUACGGUCGGUGCUAUCUUUGGCGGGUUGAUGAACGGAUACUUCGCGUCCAAGUAUGGCUAUCGGUGGGUCAUGAUCGGCGCCAUGUUCUUCUUGAACUGCUUCAUCUUUGUUGUUUUCUUCGCGCACUCAGCCGCCAUGCUUCUGGUUGGGCAAAUUCUUUGCGGCCUUUCCUGGGGCGUUUUUGCAACACUAAGUCCAGCUUAUGCUUCCGAAGUCUGCCCUACGAACCUUCGCGGUUACAUGACUACAUACGUAAAUCUUUGCUGGGCAACUGGUCAGCUAAUUGCUGCUGGUGUCCUCCGCGGAUGUCUGAACAUCGAGGGCGAGAUGGCCUACCGGAUUCCUUUCGCAAUCCAAUGGCUCUGGCCUGUCCCUCUGAUGAUUGUUUCAUAUCUGGCACCCGAGAGUCCGUGGUAUCUAGUCCGAAAAGACCGCCUCGAAGACGCUAGACGGUCCAUCGAGCGACUCAGCGGUGACAAGACUCAAGACCAGAUUAAUGCUCAGCUAGCAAUGAUGGUUCAUACAACUAAGGUCGAAUCGGGAGUGACAAGCGGCGUAACGUACCUUGAUUGCUUCAAGGGCAUUGAUCGUCGACGCACUGAAAUAUGCUGUGUUGCGUUUGCAGGUCAAGUCAUGUCUGGCAGCAGCUUCGCUUACACCCCGACAUACUUCUUCACUACCGCGGGAAUGAAAACGGCGAAUGCGUUCGAACUGAGCCUGGGUGCAAAGGGAAUGGCCUUCCUUGGAACCUCUCUUACCAUUGGACCUAUUACUUAUAGCGUCAUCAGCGAGACGUCUUCGGUUCGGCUUCGCCCAUUGACAGUUGUGCUAUCGCGAAAUGCUUACCAGCUUGUCAAUAUUGUGUCGCAAGUCCUGCAGACUUACAUGAUGAACCCUACGGAGUGGAAUUUGAGAGGCAAAGCCGGCUUCUUCUGGGCGGGCACCGCUGGGAUCAUCUUCAUUUGGUCAUAUUUCCGCCUACCUGAGUGUAAAGGUCGUACGUAUGAGGAGUUGGACAUGCUCUUUGCAAGAAGGAUUCCAGCUAGAGACUUUUCAAAGGCUCACGUGGAUGCUUACGAGGAGGCGUCGGAUCAUGUUGAAGAUAUUAUGGAGGCAACACCACAGAAACAGGACUUUUGA